AUUGCAAUUGGCGAGUGGAUUUCAUUACGCGCGGGGAAUUCCUGUCUUCAAAUGAGUAACCAAAGACCUGCGUGACCUGGAUGAGGACUCUCUACCUUAGUAGAUGAUACCUGGCAGUAAUCAUGGAAGUUACAAAGAAAAACUUCAAGGAGGUGUUGAAGACGCUUCCUGAGAUUUUGCAGAGUGCAUCUUUCAUUGCCAUUGAUGGGGAGUUUACCGGCUUGCAUCAUGAUGUCAAACCCUUGCCAUAUGACACACCAGAGGAGAGAUACGACAAGCUCAGACAGGGUUCUAUGGAUUUUUUGUUGAUGCAGUUUGGAGUGUGUGCCUUUAAGUUUGAGAAAGAAAACUCAAGGUAUCUUGUGUAUCCAUUUAACUUCUAUGUUUUCCCGAGGCCAAUGAUCAACUCCAGAAAACCAGACCGUAGAUUCCUUUGUCAGAGUUCAAGUAUGGACUUCUUGGCUUCGUUCAAUUUUGACUUCAACAAAGUCUUCAGAGAUGGGAUACCGUACUUGACAAAGUUACAGAAGGAAUCUAUUAAGGAGCACGUCAAAGAGAAGCAUGCUCUCCAUCAGCAAGAAUCAUCAGCAUCACAAUCCAGCCCUGGCUUCAUCUCACCACCUGCUAAGAUACAAGUCGACAUACCCCCAGAACAGAAAGAGUUUGUUGAAGGCGUUUGUAAGCAAGUUGAUGACUUUGUGAAGAAUGAACAUGAACACGUGCUAAACCUGGCACCCUGCAAUGGAUUCCAGAGAAAGUUGACAUUCCAGUCAGUAAAAGCAAGACAUGAAUCUGGGCUGAUGUUGGCUUCAAAAACUGGUGAAAAGGGUGAGCGUUACAUAGAGGUUACCAAGGCAACAGAGGAAGAGAAAAAGUUGAUGAUGGAGAAGAAGUUGCAGGCAGACUUGGAUGAGGUAGACGAUGCAGCAGGGUUCUCACAGGUCAUUGACCUCAUCUCUAGCACAGGAAAACCUGUCAUAGGUCACAACAUGAUGCUGGAUGUUAUGCAUGCAAUACAGCACUUCAGCUUUUCCUUGCCAGAGAACCUUAGUGAGUUCAAAGAGCUGGUAGGGUGUGUCUUCCCCAAACUGAUUGAUACAAAAGUCAUGGCAGGGACACAGCCAUUCAAGGAACAUAUUCCUCUGACAGGCUUGGCAGAAUUAGAGAAAUCCCUGAGUAAUGAUCCUUUCACAAAACCUACAUUUGUAACAGCACCUGGUUACCCUAGCUAUUGCUCAACCAACGACCAAUCACAUGAAGCAGGCUAUGAUGCCUUCAUCACUGGUUCCUGCUUCGCUACCAUGGCCAACUAUCUGGGUAGCUUCUUGGAUCCUCCAAAGGGGUGUGUCUCGCCAACAUGCAACCUUAUUGAACCAUUCCAUAACAAGAUGUGUCUGUUCCGAGUUCAAGAUCUACCGUACCUGAAUCUGACAGGAAAAGAUUUGGUUCCACCAAGAGACCAUGUGUUUCACCUCACCUUCCCAGCUGAGUGGCGAACACACGACAUCCAGCAUCUCUUUAGUGUCUUUGGCCAGGUGUUCGUCAGCUGGAUUGAUCAAACGUCAGCCUUUGUGUCUCUGGCCAAUAGAGAAGAUGCUUCAAGGGUGAUGAAGACUAUUGAACUGUCACCAGACUAUGCUCUUAAGACUUUCAAAGAAUAUAAGAGGGCUGUACUGAAUGCAACACCAGAAAUGCCCAUGGACUUGGCACAGUCUAGCACCAGCGAGCUAGGACACCAUUCUAACAACAAGGCAAACACGACACCAUUCAGUGCACCAAGAGGUUUGAAGCGGCCACAUGAUGCCUCUGAAGUCAGAGGUGAAGAUUCAGAGGUUGCAGAACUGACUGGUGUUGGAGGAAAGAAGCACAAACCAAUGGAUCCAAACGCCCCAGUCUUUGUUUCGAGGAGUAGUGUCUCUCCUGUUGAAGUUACUUCAUCAGGUAACCAGCAAACACCCCAGCAGGAUUCUUCAGAUAAAGAUCCUCCGACUGAGCUACAGAAAGAUGGCUUGAAAGACACUGGUGAUGCGGAAUCAAAAGACAGUUCCCAAAAAGGAGAAAAACAGAAGUUGUUUGAAGAACCAGAUACCUGGUAGCUGAUCAACCUUACAUCACACAGAAGUCACUCAUCACUGCUUGGCCGUAAGCCUAUUCUACAUGUAACCAGACCACACUAGAUCAAACCAGAUUGAUCCAGAUAUCUAGCAGCUGUUAAUAUCAUACAUCGCAUUGAAAUAGCUCACUGUCGAAAUUACUCUGGACGCAACUUAGCUAGAUUAAACCAGAUUGAUCCAGAUUUCCUAGCUGUUGAACCUUACAUCACAUUGAAAACGCUCGUUACAUUUUAUAGUUUGCCCACGCUGGAUGCAUCCAAACUUAGCCAGAUGAUACCGGAUUGAUCCAGUUAAUGGGUGGUUUUUGAGGCUCAUAAGUUCAUUCUGCAGCAAAAUAAGAGCAAGCCAGAUUAUAGUGGGUUUUGAAUGCAUUUAUGUUGAAUGAACCAUUUUCGGUCAGAUGUAACAGAAGUGAUCGAUUCCAGGUAAGAUUAAAUAAAACUUAAGCCAACAAAAGUCUCCAGUUUCUGUGACGAUGUAGCUUUUUUCCCCUAACUUUUUCUGUGGAAAUGAUGUACGAUGCAUGCGCUCGUAACUCCGACCGCUACCAACACUAAAAUCGACUGCCCCCUGUACUUUUACUGUUUAAAAGCAUUUUUAGCUUGUACAUGUACACAGGA